AGCUAAUUUUUCUUCCUUCUCAAACCAUGGAGUUUCUAACCGCCGUAUUUCUGUGGUUUCUCUUCUUCUCUAUUUCAGACACAGCCAUUGUUGAUCUUACCUCAGAAACGAGUUCUCUGAUCUCCUUCAAGCGCUCACUCGAAACCCCAUCUCGCCUUUCUUCAUGGAACGUUUCGUCUCCCUCGUCGUCUCACUGCGAUUGGUUCGGCGUUACGUGUCUGCUCGGACGAGUCUACUCGCUCUCCUUACAGUCUCUGUCUCUCAAAGGCAAUCUCUCUCCAUCUCUCUUCACCCUCCGCUCUCUCUCCGUCCUAGACCUGUCGGAAAACUCACUCUCCGGCCAGAUUCCGAAGGAGAUUUCAAGUUUGAAGAAUCUGAAAGAGCUUCGUCUAGCCGGAAAUCACUUCUCCGGGAAGAUUCCGUCUGAGAUUUGGAAACUAAAACAGCUUCAAACCCUAGACCUCUCUGGAAACUCACUCACCGGACUUCUCCCGAGUCAACUCAGUGAGUUACCUCAGCUUCUCUACCUUGACCUAAGUGACAACCACUUCUCAGGUUCAGUUCCUCCGUUGUUCUUCCUCAGCUUCCCUGCACUGUCGUCACUCGACGUCUCCAACAACUCACUCUCAGGCGAAAUCCCUCCAGAAAUCGGGAAAUUGAGUAACCUCUCCGACCUUUACAUGGGACUCAACUCAUUUUCCGGUACAAUCCCGCCGGAGAUUGGUAACAUCUCGUUGCUGAAGAACUUUGGUGCACCUUCUUGCUUCUUCAAAGGACCGUUACCAAAGGAGAUUUCGAAGCUGAAACACUUAGCAAAGCUCGACCUUUCUUACAACCCACUCAAGUGUUCAAUACCAACAUCGUUUGGGGAGUUGCAGAAUCUGAGUAUACUUAAUCUUGUCUCCGCAGAGCUCAUUGGAUUGAUCCCACCAGAGCUUGGUAAGUGUAAAAGCCUCAAGACACUGAUGCUUUCUUUCAAUUCUCUCUCUGGUUCUUUGCCUUUGGAGCUUUCAGAGAUUCCUCUGUUGACGUUUUCUGCUGAAAGGAAUCAGCUUUCGGGUUCAUUGCCUUCAUGGAUCGGCAAAUGGAAGGUACUGGACUCACUUCUGUUAGCUAACAAUCGGUUUUCAGGUGAAAUCCCUCGUGAGAUUGAGGAUUGUCCAAUGUUGAAGCAUCUCAGUCUAGCUAGCAACUUGUUAACUGGUUCGAUUCCUAGGGAGCUUUGUGGUUCAGGUUCGUUGGAGGAGAUUGAUCUCUCUGGGAAUUUGCUUUCGGGAACAAUUGAGGAGGUGUUCAAUGGAUGUUCGUCUCUUGUAGAGUUGGUUCUUACCAAUAAUCAGAUCAAUGGCUCUAUUCCUGAGGAUCUUUCAAAGCUUCCAUUGAUGGCAGUUGACUUGGAUUCCAACAACUUCACAGGAGAAAUCCCAAGGAGUCUUUGGAAAUCAACGAAUUUGAUGGAGUUCUCAGCUUCUUAUAAUCGUCUGGAAGGUUAUUUGCCUGCAGAGAUUGGUAAUGCAGCUUCACUGACGCGGCUGGUUCUCAGUGAUAAUCAGUUAAAAGGUGAAAUCCCAAGAGAGAUUGGAAAACUCACAUCUUUGUCUGUCUUGAAUCUGAAUUCAAACAAGCUUCAAGGGAAGAUACCAAAGGAGCUCGGGGACUGUACUUCUUUGACUACAUUGGAUCUUGGCAACAACAAUCUUCAAGGACAGAUUCCAGACAGAAUCACUGCUCUUGCUCAGCUUCAAUGCCUGGUUCUCUCUUACAACAAUCUCUCAGGGUCAAUUCCAUCAAAACCCUCUGCUUAUUUCCAUCAGAUUGACAUGCCUGAUCUGAGCUUUCUUCAGCACCAUGGGAUAUUUGAUCUCUCCUACAAUAGAUUGUCUGGCUCUAUACCAGAAGAACUUGGCGACUGUGUGGUAUUGGUGGAGAUUUUACUGAGCAACAACCAUCUCUCUGGAGAGAUUCCAGCUUCACUCUCUCGUUUGACCAACCUCACAAUCCUGGAUCUAUCUGGAAAUGCACUUACUGGAUCUAUUCCAAAGGAGAUGGGCCACUCUCUUAAGUUGCAGGGAUUAAACUUGGCGAAUAAUCAGCUCAAUGGCCACAUACCAGAAAGCUUUGGCCUGUUAGAUAGCUUGGUGAAGCUAAACUUGACCAAGAACAAGCUGGAUGGAUCGGUUCCUGCUUCUCUUGGGAACUUGAAAGAGCUUACACACAUGGACUUGAGCUUUAACAACCUAAGUGGCGAGCUUUCAUCAGAACUGUCUACAAUGGUCAAACUUGUAGGCCUCUACAUUGAGCAGAAUAAGUUCACCGGAGAAAUACCUUCAGAACUUGGUAAUCUGACACAGCUGGAGUACCUUGAUGUUUCUGGGAACUUGCUAUCUGGAGAGAUACCAACAAAGAUCUGUGGAUUGCCCAAUCUGGAGUCCUUGAAUCUAGCCAAGAACAAUCUGCGAGGAGAGGUGCCGAGUGAUGGUGUUUGCCAGGAUCCUUCCAAGGCAUUGCUUUCAGGGAACAAAGAGUUGUGUGGCAGAGUCAUUGGAUCAGAUUGCAAGAUCGAUGGAACUAAGUUGAGGAGUGCUUGGGGGAUUGCAGGACUCAUGCUUGGCUUUACUAUCAUCGUCUUUGUGUUUGUAUUCUCUCUGCGAAGAUGGGUUAUGACAAAGAGAGUGAAGCAAAGAGAUGAUCCAGAGCGAAUGGAGGAAAGCAGGUUAAAAGGGUUUGUUGAUCAGAACCUGUAUUUCUUAAGUGGAAGCAGAUCAAGAGAGCCAUUAAGCAUCAAUAUAGCAAUGUUCGAGCAGCCGCUUUUGAAGGUGCGUUUAGGAGAUAUUGUCGAGGCUACAGAUCAUUUCUCUAAGAAGAACAUUAUAGGAGACGGUGGUUUUGGGACGGUUUACAAAGCUUGUUUACCAGAUCACUGGUUAAGGAACCAAACUGGGAUGCUAGAGGUUCUGGACUGGUCAAAACGGCUCAAAAUCGCAGUUGGAGCUGCAAGAGUCAUAGCAGGGACUUUCGGGUAUAUCCCACCGGAGUAUGGUCAGAGCGCAAGAGCCACAACCAAGGGGGAUGUCUACAGCUUUGGAGUGAUUCUCUUGGAACUAAUCACAGGGAAAGAGCCGACCGGUCCAGACUUCAAAGAGAGUGAAGGAGGAAACUUGGUUGGUUGGGUGACUCGGAAGAUUAACCAAGGGAAAGCGGUGGAUGUUCUUGACCCACUGCUUGUAUCUGUGGCCUUGAAGAACUCUCUGCUUCGUCUGCUUCAGAUUGCUAUGGUCUGCCUUGCUGAAACGCCAGCUAAUCGCCCAAACAUGCUUGAUGUGUUGAAGGCCCUUAAGGAAAUAUGAGCUGUAUAACCUUAUAUGUUGUUGUUGUUUCUUGUUGUUUAAGUAACCUGUUAGUGCUAACCAAACAAUGGAGUUGUAGGGUUUGUAUUUGUUAUAUCAAUGUAACUCUCUGUUCCUAAGUUUCUUCUAAAUGUCGAACAAAGAAAAAUAGGUUUUCCAAUUUCCAAAUAAUCACUUUGAAUUAUUGAUUGUGAAAUAAAUAGAUAUUUUUACC